AUGUUUGGAUGUUGCGUCGCUGGUCGUCUCCUGCAAACCAACCUGCAGCAGGUGGACGAGACACAUGCCCUCUUUGAGAUCCCAGCUGCUGAGAAAGUCAAUCAUGUGUGCGUGUUUUUGCUUGGUACAGUUCCAUUCCCUGAUGGAUUUGGCGCAACCGUCCACUUUUUCUGGCCUGGAAAAGGUUCACAAGUACUUGGCUUGCUAUCGAACGAUAAACCAUCAGCCAUAUUCCGCCUUCGGUCCGUCUUCUCUUCCACAUCAGCACCCCCAUCAGGCAUAUCAACACCUUCUGCGUUCACAUCCGCAACUUCGUCUUCUGCAUCCGGUCAAGUCACCGCUAUACUUGGAUUUGCAUUAGAACCUCUUGAAGCGAUAGCCGCACAACUUGCUUCUCUCCCGCAAGGACAAGCCCAGAACGCUAUGAAUAUCACCCCCACUCCAACACCAACGUCAUCACUGGCAUCGAUAGCCAAACCUGCAGAUCCAUCGGUGCUUGCGGAGAAAAUAGCCAGGCACCUGUUUAACUAUAUAGCGGGCUUCGUGCCAGCAGGAACAAAUGUAGGUCCGGAAAGUACUGUUUCAAUGGGUGUCAUUGCUCGAUGGUACGAAAGCUUUAUAGGGAAGGUGAGGGCAGGCGGUAUCGGGUUUUUGGAACGUAAUGAAUAA